UAUGACCCUUAAUUUGGCUUUUGUAAAACUGACACUGACCAUAGUCAAAAUUAAAUUGGGAUUUACAAAGCAAAAAAAACAAAUGAAACUUAUCAGUGGCACUUCUGAUAUUCAGUAAGCAUCUUUGUAUGCGAACAUUAAUUUAUAUGCAAUUAAGAGUAAAAGAAGGGGUGAAUAUUUCACCCUAAAAUAAUAAAAAGAUAGCAAAUAAUAUAUCUAAAUAGAAUCUUGAUCUAUGUUCACAUUAGUUCAGGUUGAAUCUUUGCAGCAAGGGGGCGACAACAGAGCGCAGAGAUUUAUGAGUACUGUAGAAGAAGUGGUUCAUCCAAUCAGCGUCAUUCUCUUCAUCAACCGCGAAAAUUUACAUGGCAACUAGUGAUAGAUUCAUUUCUGCAAAUCGGUUCUUUUGAACAGUCUUUUGAACGAAUCAAAAAACGAUUCGGUGAUUAUUUGGUCCUUGACAUUCUGAAGUUGCACUAAAGUCUUAUCUAGGCACGCAAUGCUGUUUAUGAUGUUUUUUCGAGUAAGUUUAAUUAAUAAAGGUGUUUAUUGUAAUUUCGUGUCCAAGUUCAGUUUAAUUUAGCUUAUAAAAAUCAUUACAAUCUACAUUAAAAAAGCUUGACUUCCACAUUUUGAUGUAAUGCUGUUUAUUUAAAAAAAAAAACAAAUCGAGUCAUACAAUCAAAUCCAAUUUUCCAGUCCGUUUUAUUUGUAACAUUUCUGCUAUUCGGCUUUUUACUAAACUUAUUUUUCGUCCCAUAACUCAAAUCCUCUCUUCACUCCCGGUUUUGUAAUCCAUAGACAUAAUAAAAUGUCUAUGUUGUAAAUCGGUUCAGUCGAUUCAUUCAAAAGAUCCGAUUCGCAAGAACGAUCCAUUUACGAAUCGGACAGCGCAUAUAGCAACAACAGCAACAAUUUGACGUGAUUGUGGAGUUUGUUUGUGUCGCUUCAGUGAUUUUUAAUGAUUAAGUUUAGACAGUCGCAGUGAAAUGAUUAUGUAAUUGUUUUGAGUUCUAACCGUAGCGCCUUCAAUGUCAUGUUAAGUGAGCCAUGUGUUCAGUUAGGUUUAUGGUCAUGUAUAUGGAUGAGUCUGUGGAUGUGUAUUACGCAGACGGGCACAGACUUCAGCUCUCACCCUGCGGAUCUGAAUUCAUGAUAGAGAAACACUUGUCACCCUCUGCACACCCGCUACAGUCCAAAGAGAGAGUCAGACAGAGAACAAGAUUCGCCAUCAGCGAGUAUAAGGCAUUGGUGUUGAAUGCUUUGGCAUUCAGAAACAAGUAUGCAACUCAUCCAUAUUUGCCUGAAGAGCUCAUAACAGUGGAAUUCAACAAGUUCAGCAGUGCCAUAACUGAAGUGGAGUGGCCUGGGUCUGACUCUUGCACCACUGGGUCACAUGGAGAGAUCACAGUCUGCUCUGCAGAUGGACAUGCUGAACUGGUUCUUUCCUCUUCUGGAGAAGAGUUCACAGUGGAGUUUAUCUGUCGGUCCAGCCAAAAUGAAGAAGAGUCGCAAUAUUUGCAGCUUCAAGGUCACCAACACAAAAGUACGUGUUUAUUAAGUGGCUUGUCAUUAAAGGGUUUAAACCUCUCGGAAGCCUCAGCGGGUGCUCGGAUGAACCAUCCUGAGUCGGCCGGAAAAGCCCCCAAUAUGGAAAGACUGGAAUCAACAAGCUCGAAGUCUGAAAAGGUGCAUGUGUACACCAGAGUGAUCCAGCAGUAUUCCCGAGUGCUUUACCCACAGAUGUGGUGCCAUCCUCUGUCAUUGGCUGUCAAGCAUUGGGAAUCACAAAAAACUCAAAUAAAUACUGACAAUGAGCAAGACAUAAAAGGUCUAACAGACAGAGAAGAUCAACAAACAUCUCAAACAGGGCUGAAGACCCAUCUUCCCAAACCUUUGCCUUUAAAAUGUCCCUCUCCUCAUCAGCACAGGUGGAGAUAUAACGCUGUGAAUCCUGAUUUGCUGGAACACGACGAGGAAGUCACAGCUGAGCUGGUGAAAGUGGUCUGGUGCAAAGGCAUUAUAUACCGUAUAGUAGAUGGAGUGAUACCGAUGGUAGAGAUCUCACCUGGUGAUGGUUCAGUCAUCAGAUCCAAUGGAGUUCUAGCCAAUUACUUCACACAUUACAAAGCUGGAGCUGUUUACAGAGAUGCAGUGGAGUGUGUGUAUUACCUGUGUGGUCUCCCACCUGAUGUUCCGGGUCAGCUGUAUUCUGUCCAGUCUGUUGUCACACGGGCCAGCAGGAUUCUGAAAUGUUUCAUCCAGGCCAGAAGCUCCCUGAGGGCCCCGCUCUCUUUUUACUGCUGGAAGGAGCAGGCUGCGGUGUGUGAUCCUGUACGUGUAGUUCAGGAGGUGACAGUGGCAGGUACAGGAUAUUUCAAAGCGCUCUCAGACGGGACUGUCGAGGUCUUGUUCCUGGAUGGAGUUAGGGCUCAGAUGAUGUCGAAGACUGACACAUGUACACCUGCACAGUGUGGAGAAAUGGAGCAGAGACUCAGGACAGAAAGCAGACCAUCUCACAGGUGGUGCCAGCUCAAUCUGCCAGAUGGGCACCAAACUCUUGUCCAAAUUGAGACAGACAAAACUUUUCAAAGGUAUGUGUCCGCAGUAGUGCAGUGGUGUGACUGGGUAAAACAGACAGAACAGAGCAUGAGCGCAGUGGGUGCGGCUCUCUCAGACUCCACCCAUUCUGACACACCUCAGCCAAUAACAUGCAGGUCUGUUGUUUCAGAGCUGGAAAAGAUCAAGAGGUUUAACUUUUUGUUGGAGAACAGCCCUGUCCUGCGUUCUACAGCGAGAUCUUUGAGCUGUGAGCGUUCUCCUGAUCUGUCUGAGAUCAAUCUCACAGAGAACUGCAUCUCUGAGGCUCUGCAGAAAACCUCCAGAGCCAUACAGGACAUCGACGCACUCUUAUCGGACAGACCGUAGGCUUGUAUGCAGACACAUACAGUUCCAGAAGAGCUUCCCAAAAAUUGUCUGGUUUUAUGGAUCUUUUUCAGGGAAAUGAAAAUGAGGCUGUAUAGGACAAAUAUGGAUCUCAAUGAAAUUGUCAAGAACAUGUCUGGCUCAUAUUUUACCCCAAAAUCAAUUUUAUUGUAAAUGAAAUAAAAUAAAGCCUUUUUUUUUUUUUUUUUUUUAAAGAACUGUAAGCACAUUUACCUUCAAUUUCAAUUAUUCUAAUACUAAAAAAAUCUAUUAUUUUAUUACAUUUGAAGGAAUCUAUACAUUAUGGUAGUAUUUGUUGCCUUUAUAACUUUUAAGAAAAUAUGGAAAAAUGUGCAUAAUUGUUAUGAUAUUAAUGUCUCAAAGAAAAGGAGGCUUCAUUUUCAUGCAAAAUAUAAUUUAUAUUUUAUUUUAUAAUUUAUAUUAUAUAAUGUUAUUUUUCUUUAAUUUUGAGGUGAAAUGUAACCUAGAUAUGUUUUAGCAAGAUUCACCCCUUAAAGGGAUAGUUCACCCAAAAAUAAAAAUUAUCCCAUGAUUUACUCACCCUCAAACACAAUCAGAGUUAUAUUAAAAAAUAUCCUGGCUCUUCCAAGCUUUAUAAUGGUAGUGAAUGGCACCAUAUUUUUUUUUUUUGAAGCCC